AACGGAACGUUUGACGUAUUGCAAUAGCGGAUAAGAGAUAAUUGCAAUGUGGCAGCUACGUCAAAGAGAAUUUCUAACCUGAUUCUCCGCGCGUCGCGUCCGACAAGUCUUCGCUGAAAGCAACACUAUGUCCUAGUAAAAUUCAAUUUUGCCACAAGACACCGAAGAAACGCUCCUGUGUUAAUAACUAUGUCUAAAUGCGGUGGACAAAAAUGAACGUACGAUUGAUCACUUUUGAGAUUUUCUAUUUUCUGAACGCGUUUAGAUUUUCCCAUGCGUGGGAUAACGACGAAUUGGAGGUUUUCGAUGUCGUCGAGGAGGUCAAUCAAAAUUUCUACGAAGUCUUGGGUGUUACGCAGUCUGCAAAUGCCUCCGAGAUUAAGAAAGCUUUCAGACGUCUGUCGUUGCAGUUGCAUCCAGACAAAAAUUCCGCGGAGGAUGCGGAACAACAAUUUAGGAAGUUAGUUGCUGUUUAUGAUAUUUUAAAAGAUCCUGGAAAGAGACAACGGUAUGACAAUGUGCUUGUCAACGGUUUGCCAAACUGGCGAUCGGCGGUGUACUACUACCGUCAUGUGCGAAAAAUGGGACUAUUGGAAAUGAGUGUCAUUUUAUUCACAGUUAUCACGAUAGGACAAUAUCUUGUAGCAUGGGCGGCAUACUUUGAAAAACGAUACACUUACGAACAAGUUUUAGGUAGCAAGCUUCAAAAGAUGCAAAAGAAAAAUAGAAAGAGCAAGAUGGAUGUCCCAGAUUUGGCUGACAUCUUAGAAAAAAUUCCCACUCCAACCAUGUGGAACACUCUUCCAUUUCAGUUGCCGAGAUGGCUGAUAGGUUCUAUAAUAGCUACACCAUCUACCGUACGCCUUACGAUUCAGCUCUUGAAAGAUAGAAAGGAAAGAAAGAAGCAAGAGGAGGAAGAGACAUUGCCCAACUUUUCUAGGGAACGAGAAAACGAACAAUCUGAGCCGGAAAUAGUGUCGCGCGGAGUUAGGAAACGUAGGGCCGGUUUUACUCCGCAAGAAAGAAGCGGUAGUAAUAUUAAAGAGACCGCAAAGAAGGACUGUGAUUAUACAAAUCAUGUCUAUGAAAAGCCAACGUUGUCGGGUGGUUUCUGGACUGAUAACGACAUAUUAGAACUGAUCAAGUAUGUAAAAAAAUAUCCUGGCGGAACUCCAGAACGAUGGGAGAAAAUUGCGAAUAUUAUGAAUCGUACCGUCGCAGAAGUUACACAUAUGGCUAAGAAGGUAAAGGACGAAGGUUUGAAACCUGGCGAAUCAACAGAGGAGAUCCUUGCGGAGGAAAGACCAAAGAAGAUUAAGACCCGCAUCGAAGGUACAGUGAACGCUGCCGAGUGGAGUCAAGAACAGCAAAGGGCGUUGGAAGCGGCUCUAACGAAGUAUCCCAAAGGUGCAUCUAUAGAUAGGUGGGAGAAGAUUUCAAAUUGCGUCGAGGGAAAGACAAAGGAUGAAUGUCAAGUGCGCUACAGGCAAUUGGUGGAACUAGUGAAAAAGAAGCAACAGUCUCAAUAGUUCAACUUGUAUAGGAUGCUGUUUUUUCCGAGAAUGCACUUUAUACCAGUUCGAGCCAAGAAAUAGUAUUAUUGAACUACCAUAUAAAAACAAAAGAAACCGAAUCUCAAGCACGGAAGCGAGAAGUGAUAUUUCCUGACUACAAUAUAUACAUAUAUCGAUUCGUCUUUUCUGAAAGAUUAUAAAUUUCUUACGGAUUCCUUUUGUAUACAAACACGUACUUCGAUCGAGUUUCGCGUUGUAUGUAUAUGCGUCCACGAAUAAUUGACUCGGUUAUUACUACAGUGCAAUCUAAAAGAAAAAAAAAGCGAAGAACGAGUGAAAGGAAAAAAAAUAAAUAAAUAAAUGUUCUUCCACCUGUCAUCUUAUUGAAUGUUUAUCGAGAAUGUAUUUAUUUAAUAAAUUUAAUAAUCAAUCAAGAGGGAAAAGACUGAAAACUUGUAAUCUCACAAAACUGUCCUCUUUUCUGAAAGACUGAUUAUUAGAAUUUAUAUAUAUAUUUUAGCGGAAAAAGCAGGUUUACGAAUAUACCGGAGGAAUACACCAGAGAUACACAACGUGAAUCGAUACAUUUAUAUUUACAAAAUGUUUACAAGUAUAUAUACACGCAAUUUGUAAAUAAUCUUCAUCUUACAGCUGCAUUCUUGUAUAUAAUACGUUUCGCAUCACGUUUUCUAUGAUGUCUGUUUAUACAAGGAUAAUAAAAAAUAUCGAAUCUAAACGUUCGCAACAUUACAGAUUGUUUUCGUCACUUGUUUCCUAAGCGAGAUGAAUACACACACACACACGAAAUGCUUCUUGUCGCAAUAAAAGUAUCUACCAGUCCAA